AUGUCCGAAACGCCAUGCGACGAGGAUAUACUUGCGAGCUUAUCCUAUCGUCCUCGCCAUUUGCUUAGAGGGAUGAUUUCAAUUACUGACCCAGCUAAGCCGUCACAUCUUGAACACCGUCCCGAGCUAUCAUCCGCGGGGCUCCUGGGCCAUUUGCCCCUCGAGAUUCUACAUCAUACUCUAAAUAUAUUGGAUUUUCAGUCUCUAUCUCGUCUUUUAUGCGUCUCUCGGCGAAGUAGAAGUAUUGUUGAGUCUCUACCAGCAUACCGUGAUCUUAUGAAAUACACACCGGAUACACUUAAGGCACUCAGUGAAACUUGCCUUAUUAGUUUCCAUUCUGCAGAGAAACUUUAUACAGUUCUAAAAUCCGAAACUUGCAUCUCAUGUAGGGAGUUUGGGCCCUUUUUAUUCCUUCCAACAUGCGAUCGAUGCUGCUACGAAUGCCUUCAUUAUAAUCAGUCACUCUGGGUGAUACCCCCCUCUUUGGCUAAGCAGUGCUUUAAGCUUACCCAGCGCGAUCUAAAGAAAAUUCCCCUGAUGCAAAGUAUCCCUGGAGUUUAUGAUAUCGCGCACAAGGACUUGCGAAGGGGACGGUUGACGCUUGUGAGCGUCAAACUCGUGAAAGAAUUUGCGAUAAGGAUUAAUGGCUCAGUGCCAACCAUAGACACUAGUAUACGUCAUAAUAUGUCUGACAGAGUGAUAAAGAAAAUGCACACAAUAAAAUGGUUUCAAGAGACUCCUUUGCAGCCGCUGCCUGACAAUCCGUCGAGGUUACCGUCAAACGGAAAUGUUCCGGAUAAUGGUUACGGCGGCAUGGCAUCCAUGGAAUUCCCCUCCUUACUGCCAAAUAAAGUCCUCGAACACGGCAUUUGGUGUCGAGGAUGCGACUGGACCUUCGAGCAGUAUCGCUUGGGCCGCAUUCCGAACCGUGUAAGAGACGAUAUGGUGCCUUCAGAACUGCACCCAUUUGGUGUUUUCUGUGGUAUACAAAGACGGGCUAGAUCAAGGAGUGAAUUUCUAGUGCAUAUUACACAAUGUUACGGUGCGCGUGAAUUGUUUCCUACUAUAAAAUAUAGGAAACAGAAUUAA